GGCGGCGCUGACGGGGACGGCUGGCCAACUCUAUCAUCAGCGAUGCGUUGGCUGUGGACAAUCGCCCUGCUGCUAUGUCUGCUUACCUGUCUGGGGGCCAGCAGCAGGCCGCGCCACGGGCGGCGCGCAAUGCUGGGUCCGCACGUACACACUCUGGCCAGGGCCGCCCUCCGCCGGCGACGCCAACACCAGCCACGAGGAGAGGUCGCCAACAGCAGAGUGUCGGCCGUGGCUCGCGGCGGCCCCAAGAAGAGCAAGCUCUCAAAGAAAGCCUACCUGACCAUGCUGAAGAAGCAACGAGGCUUCAAGGACAAGUCAGCCAAAGCGAGGUUACGUUCUACAAAAGAAAUAUGCCUGUUCAAGGCGCUAAAGCGCUGCGGCAGAAAGGUCAUCAAAAAAAUGGCGUCAUCCCCCGACUUCAACAAGCGAUGCACAACUAAGGAGCGGUUCCUGGACUGCAUGUCGCUGAGGCAGCGCCGGGGCUGCAAGGCGCGGGGUCGCCGGCGCCACGGCCCCAGCCGCCGCCUGGUGCAGCAGUACCGCCGGCGUCUGCAGCGGCUGCUCAGCUCGACCCGCGGCUGCGUCAUCGGCGUCGAUCUGUCGGCGACGGCGGGCCGCUGACGACCGCCCUCGGCGGGAUCACGCUGCAGCGGCGUGAUCGCUCGGAUCACCAUAACUCGUGGGGCCGACGCGCUGGCGUCACCUCAGCUGGACCACCUGAUCUGGGCUGCAGGGUCAGCUCACCUCGACCUCUCGGUCACACCGUUCGGACCACUUGGUCACCUCACCUGGACCGCCGAGGCGGCUGCUACCGCAACGUCGCAGCCGUAGCAGCCAGGCUGGUGCGGAAUCUGUGCGGGCCGGGCGCGCGGCGGUAGAGCGGCGCAGGCCGGCCUCGGCCCACUCC